CUUAAUCUGAAUCGGAUCGCGGUGUUUACAUGACUCAAUACUAAUCAGAAUAUUGUUUUAAUCUGAAUCGGAUUGUGGUGUUUACAUGACUCAAUACUAAUCUGAAUAUUGUCUUAAUCUGAAUCGGAUUGUGGUGUUUACAUGACUCAGUACUAAUCAGAAUAUUGCCAAAUUCGGAUUAAUAUGAAUACUGAUGUGCAUGUAAACGCUGAUGUUUCUCAGUAUGGCGGAACUUUGAAGAGGUUUGCGACUCUGCUGCACAACUGUGCCUCUUGCCCUUUAAGAAAUCGUGAACGGAACGUCUGUGAAACCGGAAGUAAGGAGGUCGCGCGCUGCAAUGCGGAAAAGAAAAGCGCAGCUCGCGGGUGAAUUGUUGUUCGUGUUAAAAGAACGUUGUAACAGAAGCGCGGCGGUUGUGAAGCUUUCACACACAAGCGCACGUACACACACCCGCACACACACACACACACACACACACGCGCGCGCGCGCAAACACAAAGGGGCAGUCCCUGAGCGCGCGCCGGUUAUUGGCUGUCUGUGAACUUUGGGAUGAGAUGUCGCGUGAGCAGCGGAACCGCAGCGCUCGUGCCUUCACUGACGACCGGCUGGACUGAGGAGAUCACCGAAAUCGCUCUCCAUUAGCUCCUUUUCGGCGGACACUAACCGGAGAACAUGACGGAGAAGCGGGUCUCGCGCUGGUACUUCGGCGGCAUCGCCUCGUGCGGAGCGGCGUGUUGCACGCACCCGCUGGACCUGGUCAAGGUGCACCUGCAGACGCAGCAGGAGGUGAAGAUGAGGAUGAUGGGGAUGGCGAUGCACGUGGUGAAGCACGACGGCGUUCUGGCGCUCUACAAUGGCCUCAGCGCCUCCCUCUGCAGACAGAUGUCUUACUCUCUGACCAGGUUUGCUAUCUAUGAGACAGUGAGGGACAUGAUGGGCAGUCAGGGGCCCAUGCCCUUCUACCAGAAAGUCCUGCUGGGGGCAUUCGGAGGAUUUACAGGAGGUUUCAUUGGGACACCAGCAGACAUGGUUAACGUCAGGAUGCAGAACGACAUGAAGCUUCCUGCCGAGCUCAGGAGAAACUAUAAGCAUGCUCUGGAUGGACUGUACAGGGUGUGGUGUGAGGAGGGAACGAGGAAGCUGUUCUCGGGAGCCACCAUGGCGAGCAGCAGAGGAGCGCUGGUCACUGUAGGACAGUUAGCGUGCUAUGAUCAGGCGAAGCAGCUCGUGUUGGCGACGGGAUUCCUGGGAGACAACAUUCUCACUCACUUCCUGUCCAGUUUCAUCGCUGGAGGAUGUGCUACGUUUCUGUGUCAGCCGCUGGAUGUAUUGAAGACACGAUUGAUGAAUGCUAAAGGAGAGUACAGGGGAGUACUGCACUGUCUGUCUGAGACUGCCAAACUGGGACCACUCGCCUUCUACAAGGGUUUAGUUCCAGCAGGGAUCCGAUUGGUUCCUCACACGGUUCUGACCUUCCUGUUUCUGGAGCAGCUGAGGAAGUACUUCGGCAUCAGGGUGGUCAGCUGAGCCCAAGCCGUGACCUCUGCCCUUUUGGCCACUCCCACUGCCACAGUGUUGAUCCUGGACUGAGCUGGAACUAGGACGUGCCCUCUAAUGCGUGCAUGCGUGCACACACACACACACACACACACACACACCCCUUAAAUAAAAGGGCAUUAUGUAUAUGCACAAAAAUAUGAACAAACACACUGGAACAAACAAAUACACACUCUUGUGUUCUGAAGCAUGAAAAAAACUGUGUGUGUGUGUGUGUGUGUGUGUGUGUGUCUGUGUGUGAUCACUGUACAUUUCCAGUACAUUUCCACUCUCAGCCAUCAGGGCGUGUCCCAAACCACACUUUGUAGACUACACAGUGCACUACAUCACACAGAAGCUAAUGAUUAGCAUUUGACAUGUUUACAUCCUCACACACAGACGUACACACCGACGUGGUGCAGUAAGUGUGCCCUUUCUGUCUGUGUACAAUUACUAGCCCAUCUGUUAUGCUUCACAAAGUAUUGGCACCCCCCCCCCCUGCACUGUCCUUCGAUGGAAAGGGACCACCAUUGAGCAGAUAUUACAUGGCUUGAAGAAUCUGCACUAUUUUGUAAAUUUGACUUGCUUUCUAACAUCACUAUAACCUCUUACUUUACCACGGUAAAAAAAACAGCAUCAAAAGAUUUGCUUUGGCUGGUAUGAGGUUUAAGUGUAAUCAUUUUAAAUGAAUUUUACGAUUCAAACUCCUUCAAAUCAAUUUUCCAUUUUUCCAAAGCUACGCCAUCUCAUCCUAUUAUUACCAGAAUUUAAAAAAAAAACUUUAUUUUAUCUACAUUCCCCGUUAUUUAACAGCUAAAGGAGGUUAAAAGCAUCUUUUGAGCCCCACGUGGUUUUCCAUUCAGUUGAAUUGUUUUAUUUUUGUCAAAUUUUCCUCAUGUUCCUUCACGUGAGCAUUGAUUUUCUAUGUACAUGUGUGAUUUCAGCAACAAGCCACAUUCGUAUUUCAAAUUAGGUCUGAUGCUGUGAACAAGCAGUAAACCCAAACGAUCUUUUUGAAGACCAAUCAUGUGGCUUGUGUGGUCCGACGUUUCUUCAGUUCCCCACUCGUUCACAUUUUCUGUCGUGUAUAGAGACGUUAUAUAUAAUUAUUAUAUAUAAAUACUACUCUGACUACUUUGUUUAUAUUUCAUGAAGUAGAACCGAUAAAGUUUGUUAGAAAAUAUUGAAAAGUUGGGAUUAGAAAAGAUUCUGCACAACCUCUACCCUACAGCUAUUUCAUUUGUUCAGGAAAUGUCCAUAUUAUUCUAAUAAUUAUUAUAAGCAGUGCUGAGCCUAAUACACUCACAGAUCCUGUGAUCGUCCCUUUAUACUGAUGGAUGGGGUAUAUGGGGUGCCAAUACUUUACGCAGAUGGACUAGAGUCAGUAAUUACAGACCUACAGAAUGAUCAGCAGCUGAAUGUUGAGACUUCAUGUUGCUGUUCUAUAAUGAAACUCCACAUGUUAUUGAGAUGCUGAGUCAGAGUGGAGGCCAGUUUUAUUUGAUUAGCUCCAGGCCAGUAACAAAAACAAGUGAAUUAUUAAUUCAAAUUCAUAACGACAGCCAAUUUCUUAAUCACAUCUGUUUAAUAAUUUCUUUCCACUGCCUCAUAUAUCGAGUACUUGAGACAAAACACACCCUCAUUGUCCUAGCUCUAUAGAAGAGCGAAUUUACUAGAAUUGCACCUUUAAUGGGUUUGAUCAGGAGAGUUAGUGAGAGAGUUUAUUUGAUGUGUGUGUGUGUGUGUGUGUGUGUGUGUGUGUGUGUGUGUGUGUGUGUGUGUGUGUGUGUGUGUGGGGUAAUCUGUAUCGCGUGGAAAGUCAGGACCAAUCUGUACUGGAGAAAAGAGUUCACUUUAGAAAAAACUCUGCUUUAGUGUAUAAGGAGAAUAAUGCUGUAUAUCGUAUAUGCGAAAACCGAACAAUGUGAUUUCUAAUGAAACUGUUCCAGCCAUGUUGGGUUCACAGCUGGAGGACUUCGUGCUGGAGGUUUAUCUGAUAAGAUUGUAGAUCAUUUAGUGUAUUAACCUAGUGUAUUAAAUGAGAUUUAUUAUCUUAAUUCUGUUAAUAGUAAGACUAAAGAUGUAUGGAAAAUAUUAUUUUUUAAUUUGUUUCUUUAAAGGAAUAGGUUAUUGGGGAAAAAAUGGAUUAUGUCCAGUAUUCGCUUUUGUUAAUGUGGAUAAUCAGUAAAGGAGGUACGUCUCAGACGAAUCCCUAAAGCCCUCACUUGAGAAUAAAUGAUUUUAAAGGAAGUCUUCAAUGGAAGGAAACACUACCAUCACUUCUUAGCUACAUUAGCUUGAUAUCUCCAGUGAAAAACUAAAGAUAUCCAACAUGGCUUUUCACCAACAACUUCCUCGCAGUUGAGAGAAGGUUGAUGCUAAUCUGUGGCCUGUGGAGGGCGCUGUGGGUGUGUGUGUGUGUGUGUGUGUGUGUGUGUGUGUGUGUGUGUGUGUGUGUGUGUGUGUGUGUGUGUGUGUGUGUGUGUGUGAGAGAGAGAGAGAGAGAGAGAGAGAGCGAGUGGGAAGGUCCAGACUGCUGGAGUUUCGGCUGUGUGUCGCUCUGUUUUGUCCAGAAUGAAUAAAGAUUUUUGGAAAUUAAAGAUUAAUAUUUUCAGCCUG